AUGUAUUUGGACUAUUCAAGUCGCGACGAGUUCGCUGACAUAAACUCUUCAUUUGCUGAGAAAUACAUCGAGAUCCUGUACAUUGAGCGAUUGGAUGAACCUCAGUUCCGCUUAGACUACAUCAAGUCGAGAGCCAAACAUCUCCCAGCAAUUCAGGAUCUUGAAUUGAAGGAUCUGCAAGGAAAUUAUGGUUGGCUGACUUAUAUUCACGGGAUUAUUUUAUCCCGAGAACAAAUAGUGGACAGGAUGAGCUUGCUGCUCAAAUGUUCAACGCUAUACAUGGUUGAGUUUUCCUUGGACGGAUGCUCACCCGAGGAAGCUUUCUACGAGAAGGAAGAAAAUGGAAUAAAAGAGGACCGCCUGAAAAAUGCAAUCAAAAGCGCCUACCUAGACUUCUUACAACCGUGCGAUAAAGUCAUAGAAUCCUUGCAAUCGCAUUUCAUCUCUUCUAGACCACUUGAGAAGUUUCCCUUCAGCCAGUUCGAUUAUCUUCAAAAGGUUCUGUAUCAAGAGCUUUACCCAAAGUCCAGUGGUUCUUUCAAGACGCACGCAGGACUUUUAAUGAUGCCAAUUAAAUUUCCAGCUUCAUUCAAAGAAGUUAUUGGAGACAAUGGCCGACCCAAAUCAGCGAUUAAGUUACGCUUUCACAAAUGGACCGGUUUAAAAACUGGCGGUAGCCUGUUCAAACUCAAAAGGGAGGAGGUACGUCCGUCUUUGAUCGAGAACAGAAUUGUUUCUAUUUGGAAUACUGGAAAACCGGAACAAAUGUUUGAGCAUUACUCUCAAUUACUAAAGAUGGGUAAACUCUCUUUUACCAAACAAGACGGUAAUGAGACCACUAUCAUUAUGAAAGAGAUUGAAAUUCGAGCCGAAAAACGAAAUGAUAAGGUCACUCGGCUCGGAAAAGUACUGUCACUCGAUUCUUCGAGUGCUUCAAGUUAUGAGAGGGAAGGGGUUAAAGCCGAAAACAGCUGUGUGAAAGAUGUUGACUCAGUGGGAGAACAGGGUAAGAACUCAUUAGCUGACGAAUUUUCUUUGCCAAACACGAAGGAGCGAAAUUCAAACUGCUCGAGAAGUUUGGAUCCCGCUCUUGAUGUUGUGGUCGGAAAAUCAUGUGCGGAUGGGUUCUCUGAACCGGACGAUGAUCCUAGUGAUCGACCCCAAAAGUUGACCAAUCUUCCUGAGGCCACUUGCCCCGCUCUGUCAUCGCCUUUGGACACAGUCAAAAUUUUGGAUGUAAGUUCUGUUUCUCAAGUCACCACUAAGACAAGCUCGAAGACACACUCAAAUUCGGCCACAGAGCGUAUGCCGCCAUCUCCCGACCAGGAUGACGAAGAGAACGAAAUUUCUGCUCUCAGAUAUGCCUCGAUUAACAAUCAUGUUGCUGAUCCUGCCGUUAAUCAUGCUGCUAGUAGGGAAAGCCAAGGGUCUGCGCGCAACAGCAGUGCAAUUUCGGUUGAGAGAAAUAAUCAUAACGAGGGGUCUCUCCGUUCUUCACUAGAACACCAGCAAACGAUGCUCAUAGAUGGUAUCGAGCUCGAACUGAAUGAGAUCGAGCGAGACAUCAUGGCCUUGUUAGAAAAAAGACGUUACGAAAAAGAACAUGCUGAUAUUGUGUCUCCUCCAGCUGAAGUCCCGGCCGAUCUCAGAGCUGAAAAGGCCAGGAAUUUCCAGAAGAUGAGAAUAGAACUUUUGGAGCAUGAACAAGAUGUCUUAUUCUCAACUAACAAAGUUGAGCCGCCAAAUUCUCGCGAUGGUAUUAUUGACAGGCAGCUGAAACUGGCUGCAAUGCAAACUCCGCAGGCCAAUUCAAAAAACUCUGGUGCGCCUAGAAAAAUGCGACCAGUUAAAGAUAUCGUUGCCACUAUUGAACGUGCUACAAUGAUUGUGGUGGCAAACCCAGAGAGAGAUGAAGCGAUAGAUUCCGAGUCAGUGCCUAGACUAAUGCGACGGGCUAGCUCUGUCACACGACUAGUUUUGGGCAUUGACGCAAAUGUGAUGGGAAACCGAUCACAAAGCGGAACUUCGAAUGUGUCAGACGUUCAAGUGAAGGACGAGCUCUGUAUAGCCAAAUCGGCCGAUCUCACGUCCCUCGAUGGAAUACAUGCCCCCGGAACCCGACAACGGAAAACUCUAGAUCCAGAACAACACUUAAAAGUCGAGCCUAACGUCAUAAAUACUGUGGCUAUAGACCAAGGCUGUGUAAAUUCAUCGCAUCAGUCCAAGAGCUCUUCCCUUCUCCAACCUCCACAGGAAACUCAUAGACAGAACCAACGCGACGAGCCUUCGGGCUCAUUUGAAUUUGAUGAUUUUGACAAGCGUUCCAUUGUCAAAGUUCCCAUAAUUCCUUCCCCGAAUUUAACUAAAUCCCCCAAGCGUACUAAGGGCCGAAGAAGCCGUGCCAACCAAGCAGCAGAUGCUGUCGGCCACUGUUCUGAAAGAACUGCAGAAACACAAAUGGAAGAUUCAUCUCAUGCAACGUCACCCGAAGUAGCCAAGAAAGGUGCACGACGCAGAAGACCAGCUGAAGGUCAAAAUAUGAUUGAUUUAGCUCGAAAGCACAAAAAGAUCACUCGGUCCGAGAAGCUACCUUCUGCAAGUUCCAUAGCUCAAACCAACACAAAUUUAUCAAUUGAGACAGCAGGUCGAGGUCUUGUUCUUAUUUCCUCAAAGCAAAGGAAAAAGCACGAAGAGCAAACAGGUGAAUCCGAUUCUGAUUCUCUUCCAUCGCGAGGCAACAAUGAGGAGUUCAAGGAAUUCUUCAGGCGAAUUAACUACACGCCCAUGUACGGUCGACGACCUGGUGCUUCCACUGCCAGUCCUUCUGCCGCAGUAGCGCACAAAUGCCACUGCAGUCUCAAAGAGAAUUGCCGUAAUCCGUUUCAUGAUGGGCCACCCCAGCUAUUGCCGAGAAAGGGCCCCACCGCCCUUCAACAGUAUAGUCCUAAUGCGAGCGCAUUUCAUUACCAACAAGCAGGUAAGAGACUAAUGUGUCAGGACUUGAGAGACAACAAUGCUCUACAUCAGGCGAAGUUUUAUCAUGAGGCAAACGAAGGAGGUGAGCAGCUUUCUGGGAUUUUCGGCCGCCAUGAAGUGCAACAAUAUUUGAACAGCGCAAACUCAGGCUCCACUUCUGUCACUCAAAAUGAUAACACGAGGCUUAAGAGUUUCAAAAACACAGGAAAACAGGACCAUUACAUCUCCGGUAUUUACCACCAUAAGAUGAUGACGAACCAGUUUUCUGAAAGUGAGAGCUACGACGACGACGACGACGACGAGCAGUCAGUGAUAAUUUCGAGUCAUUUGUUUCCCACUGGCGCCAACUGUGAUGUAAGCCCGAAGUCGCAAGAAUUGAGUAAGACCAGGGAAACUAGAAAAAAAUCCGGCAAGCACGCACCGACUGAAAAAUCCACAUCGUAUUCGCAGGAAUCUGUCUUUCACUCUGACGCGCUAGAGAUGCUAAAUGAAGGAGACGAAUUUUGCUACGACAGUCGCGACGCUAUCAAAUCCUGUGAACUCUCUUCCCUGGAUCAAAACUUAAAAAACGGUAAUUACUAUCAUGACACGGAUUCGGGUGAUAAUAUCAGGUCUCAUGAUCUGGAAGAUAGUGCUUCUUCAUGGUAUUCAGGAGCCUCAUUGUGGUCCCCAAUUUCCUCUCAAAUUGAUGCAGCGGUUAACACUCAUUUGAGUAAACGUGCCAAUGGUUUGCAUGAUCGCCAGGGUGUAACUCGCGAUCUACCACUGCCUCCUUUUGUUGCGGCAAACGGGGUACUUGUGCGACCCCCUUCCAUUAGGCUUGAUCCUCAUGAUCCAGACUACCAGCACUACACCUGGGUUCCUUCGCUUGAUUCUCGUGGAGAGCCAGAUUUAGUCAUCAAGAGACCUUUUAGAGAAAAAAGUCUACGUUUCACAGACAAAGUGAAAAACCUUGUGUCACCGCUUUCUGGAACUACUCUGGCGCUUACGCGUCCCAAAAAACCAGAAAGAAGAAAACCAACUUAUGACGAGAUGUACCCUGCACUUUCUAAGCUUAAGUUUAGAGACUUUAUGAGAUUUAAGACUCAAAAGCUGAAGGAAGACUUGAAGUACUUCUCCGGUGUUGCCAAAUUGUGUGUUAUUGAUUUCAAAGAAAGACCUCUAACUGCCGAACUCGAGCUUUACGAGGAAGAACUUGGCUUUUGA